GAACUCUCCUCUUCAGCACUACAUUCAAACAGCAGAGCUCAAAGCAACUGAGAAAGCUAGAGACGGCAAAAGACGACGAGUCAACAGUCUCAGUGACAUUUUUGAACGGCAACUUCUUCAUUUUAAAGUUUGAGCUAUCGUGCUUUUUGAGAACAACAAAAAGAUGAACAAAGUGAUCCUCAGUACUUUGGUGGUCCUUCUGGCUGCUGUGGCUUUCAGCGAAGGCAUGACUCUGAGAAGUUUGGGAGUCGAGCUGCACUGCCGCUGCUUCCAGACAGAGAGCAGACUCAUCGGCCGCCACAUCGAGAAAGUGGAGCUGAUUCCUGCCAACUCUCACUGCGGGGUGCCCGAGAUCAUUGCUACGAUUAAAAAGACUGGAAAUGAGGUGUGCCUUGACCCUGAGGCUCCCUGGGUGAAGAGAGUCAUUGAGAGGAUCCUUAACAACAAAAGACGCUGAACAGCUGUGCAAUGGGGGAACGAAUGCUCCACGAGCCCGUUUUACAAAACUUGGUACCAAAAAGUGUUUAUCUGAUCAAGCCUUAUUUAAAAAUAGAGGAAAGCAACUUACUUGAGCAGCUGUUGAAGCUAUCAACAGACAAAUUAUGUUUGUAUCAAACAUAUUUAUUUUUUUCAAAUGUACACUCCCAGUCUGUGUUGCAGCCUCUAAAGUGGAGCUACUAUGAACUGUUACUAUUUUUAUUGCUUUAACUUAUGAUUCACAUAUUUAAAGUAUUUAUCUAUUUGAAUAUUUUGUUGUAUCUAUUUGAAUACAAUUGUUGUAUUUUUUCAUGCACCCAGUUGAUGAAUAAAAAAAUAUAAUAUUUAAAA